AUGGCGCCCUCCAAGCUCACCCUCUUCCUCGCCCUGAGCCUGGUGCUCGUGGGAACCUCGCACGGUUGCGGAUCGUGCGGCAACACGCCGUCCGUGCCAGUCCCAACGCCGCCGAUCGCCGUGCCCCCGCCGGCCCUCCCAGUACCAACCCCGCCGGUCGCCGUGCCCCCGCCGGCCGUCCCAGUACCAACCCCUGGUGGCGGCGGUACCUGCUCGAUCAACACGUUGAAGUUGAGCGCGUGCGCCAACAUACUGAACCUGCUGGAGCUCAACCUCGGCGUGCCGGCGAGCGAGCAGUGCUGCCCGCUCCUGAGGGGCCUCGCCGACCUGGACGCCGCCGUGUGCCUCUGCACCGCCAUCAAGGCCAACGUUCUGGGCAUCAAGGUCAACGUCCCCGUCGACCUCGUGCUGCUUCUCAACCAGUGCGGCAAGACCUGCCCCGCCGACUUCACCUGCCCUAGCUAA